UGUACAUGAUUUAUAUGUGUGACUAUUAAGUCGCUCAGCUUGGUGCCAUUCUUCCCCUUCUUCUUCAUGUUUCUGACCAAAAGGAUAGCUUCGAAGCCGAUCAAUACCGCCAUUGUUGAGGCUAAAUGACUCCUAGGAUCACUUUCGUGGUCUUAUUUUCACUCUUAUGCCUUGUGCCAACUUCAUCUUUGCUCUUGAGCCUCCAUCUCCAGGUUGCUUUCACAGUGCUUCAGGUAUGGAGAUCCACCAUAACCCUUGAUCUGCAUAAUGUAUUGGAAACAUGGGUUGGCCUUGACGUUUGCAGCUAUACUGGAAUCUAUUGCGCCCAGACGCUGGCCGUCGGCGGCCUCUUAGUUGUGUCCGGAAUAGACCUCAACCACUUUGGCCUUGCCGGAACUUUGCCGGAGGAGUUAGGGCAGUUGACCGAUCUAGCAUUCAUCCACCUGAACUCAAACCAGUUCACGGGUUCCAUACCCAAAUCUUUCAGGAACCUCAAGUUGCUAACUGAGCUUGAUGUGAGCAAUAACCAGUUAUCUGGCACAUUUCCAUCAGUGGUCUUGUCGAUGCCGUCGCUCAGGUUCCUUGAUAUUCGGUUCAACGCGUUUGAAGGGACACUUCCGGCGGAACUUUUUGACAUGAAGUUGGAUGCAUUAUUUGUCAACGACAACAAUUUCGCAUCAUCAAUCCCCGAGAACUUCGGGAAUUUACCUGCCUCUGUAGUGGUACUUGCUAAUAACGACAUAUAUGGUUGUGUGCCUGAAUCAAUUGGGAGGAUGAGCUCCACUCUACAUGAGAUCUUGCUGCUCAAUAACUCACUGUCUUCAUGUAUCCCCAAGGAGAUAGGCAAUCUGGUUGAGCUCACAGUUUUGGAUAUUGGGUCAAACAAAUUUGUUGGGCCCUUACCAGAGAGCAUGGGAGGCAUGAGAAGCUUGGAGCAGCUGAAUGUAGCAGAAAACAAUCUUUCCGGUGAGAUUCCCGCCGGCAUCUGCGAGCUGCCGAGGCUUCGGAACUUUACAUACUCGUACAAUUAUUUCGACGACGAUCCACCCAUAUGCUUGAACCUGCCAAAAUAUUCCGAUGACGGGAACUGCAUCCCAGGCAGGCCGGCCCAACGGCCACAAGAAGAGUGCACCAACCAGAGGUUCCAUGUAAGCUGUGCUACCGCUGGCUGCAACUUGGCUUGAUCGGCUCGCAAUCAGUAUCGUCCACCAACACAGCGAACUGGACCACGACAGAUCUAGGUCAUAUAUAUUCGAAAAAGAGUUAGGGACUGAACUUGUAUUCUCCUUUAAUUUUUUUUUUAAGUUUGACGAAAAUAUAAAA